UUAGCAUUUUUUUCUAGGUGGCAAUAUCUUGAAGUUAAAUGAAAAUAAAAUGUGAUGUCAAAAAAUCUUAUCCUGAUAGUUUUAUACUGAGUGAAAUUAUCAAAUAACAGGAUUGUUUUUACGCAUGUACAUUGUGACGUAAUAUCAGAUUUGAGAAACACUUUGGCGCAAUCUAUUAUUCUCAAUUAUUCUUGCCAUCCACCUAACGAAUACAUAUUUAAAUAAUCUCCAAAAUGUUUGUGGGCGCCCAGAGAACAUUCCCCUUUUUCUAUAGUUGUUUUUUCGCCUUGAACCGCUUGUUUAAAAGAACUCUUGUGUAGAUUUAAAAAAUCAAGUUAUAACAAAUUCACUCUCUGUUUGAGUUGAUAUAAAUAGAGUCUCUUUGCUGCUUAGCUUAUAUUAAGAAAAGAAAACAAGAGCACAAAUUUAAAAACACUUUUUAACUAGCCUGUCUUCAAAAUAUUAAAGAACAGUAAAGUUUUAUUAAAAACAGUAUACUCGUAUAUAGAGCAAAACAUCAAGUUGAUAAAAUGGUUGCAAUUGGAAUUGAUUUGGGGACAACAUACGCAAGAGUUGCAGUCUUCCAAUAUGGCAAAGUGGAAAUCAUUCCAAAUGAACAAGGUAAUCGCGCAACACCUUGCUUUGUUGCGUACACAGAUUCAGAGCGGUUAAUUGGAGAUGCUGCGAAAAAUCAAGCUGCCAUGAACCCAAAAAACACAGUUUUCAAUAUAAAACGUUUGAUUGGACGAAAUUGUUAUGAUGAGAAAAUGUUUCAAGACGUAAAGGAUUGGUCAGCUUUUGACGCAGCUGUCGUUUGCGCAAGGGUAAAAUUCGAUCUUGACCUUAAAGAUGAAGAAAAGUUGCUAAUAUCUCCCGAAGAAAUCAGUUCAUUGGUGUUGAUUAAAAUGAAAGAGGCUGCCGAAGCAUAUCUGGGAACAACAGUGAAGGAUGCAGUCAUUACAGUACCAGCUUACUUCAAAGACGUUCAGCGCCAGGCUACAAAAGACGCUGGUGCCAUUGCUGGAUUGAAUGUUCUUCGAAUUAUAAAUGAACCAACAGCAGCAGCUUUAGCGUAUGGUUUGGACGAGAAUCUUAAAGGCGAACGCAAUGUGCUCAUAUUCGAUUUAGGAGGUGGUACUUUUGAUGUAUCAAUUGUGACAAUUAAAGAGGACAAAUUGUUUGAGGUACGCGCUGCAGCAGGAAACACACGAUUGGGUGGUGAAGAUUUUGACACCCGCCUGGUCAACCACUUUGCAGAAGAAUUUGAACAAAAAUAUGAAAAGGACUUACGAUCGAGCCCACAAGCAAUGCGUCGUUUGCGUACAGCGGCCGAACAAUCGAAGCUCAUUUUGUCAUCGAGCACAGAAGCCACCAUUGUACUUGAUGCUUUGUAUGAGGGCGUAGAUUUCUAUACAAAAAUAAGUCGAGCACGCUUCGAAGAAAUGUGUGAUGAUUUGUUCCAUAGCACUUUGGAUUCAGUGGAAAAAGUUUUGAACGACGCUAAAAUGGACAAAAGUCAAAUCCACGAUAUUAUUUUGGUUGGUGGUUCUACACGCAUUCCUAAAGUACAAAGUUUGCUACAAACAUUCUUCGGUGGAAAGAGUUUGAAUCUUUUUAUGUCAGAUGAGGCGGUAGUAAACGGUGCUGCGAUUCAAGCAGCAAUUUUAAGUGGUGAUAAGAGUAGUCAAAUUCAGGGCGUAAGUAUAGUAGAUGUAGCACCAUAUUUAUUAGAAAUUGAAACCACUGGCUUAGUUACCACCAAACUCAUGGAGCGAAACACCCGUAUUCCAUACAAACGAUCUAUAAAAUUCACAACUUCCUCGGAUAAUCAACCAUUUGUCAAUAUUCAUGUAUUUGAGGGCGAACCUGCAUCGGCCAAAGACAUUAAUCUGCUGGACAAUUUCCUUUUGUAUCGACUUCCGCUAGCACCGCGUGGUGUACCCAAAAUAGAUGUAACUUUCGAUGUAGACGUCAAUGGAAUUUUGAAUGUGACAGCCCAGUUGAUCUCUGAAAAGGCUACGAAACUUCGAGUCCGUAGAGAAGAUAAAAUACGCUUAACUCUAGUAGAAGUCGUUUGCCUUUCUGAUGAAGCUAAAGAAUAUGCCGCUGAAAAAGAAAAAGAACGGCAAAGAAUUGCUGCGCAUAAUCAACUCAAAAACUAUGUACUUAGUAUAAAACAAGCAGCUGAUAAAGCUGGCAAUGAGCUAGAUCAUUCUGAUAAAUAUCUAGUGCUGAAAAAGUUCAAAGAGACGAUUAAAUGGCUGGACGCCAAUACUACUACUGCCGAAAAAGAAGAUUACGAUUAUAAGCUUAAGGAGUUGACCAAAAUCUGUAGUGCAACUUUAGCAAAGAUGCAGCUUUCAGCAGACGGUUCCGGUCCACAGCCUAGCUAUUGCGGUAAACAAUCUUGUAACAAUGUAGGCGGCAAUUAUGGUGGAUCCGCCGUUAAGGAAGUGGAUUAAUGCUUACAAAAUAAACUUAAGUAUUUAGUUUUAUGUUUGCAGUAUUAAACUCAUACACAUAGAUAUACGAAAUAGCAUUAUAUACUAGCAGAAUUUGUUAUAUUAGCAGGCCAGGCCAUCUAUUAGUGUAGAUUUCUAUGUAUUUUGUUAAAUUUUUCUUUUAUUAUUGCAAAAGAUAAAUAAAAGUUUUAAUUAAUCACAAUGUAA